UCUUACACUAUUAUCUCUUUCACCUCCAAAACCUCUCCAAAAAUGGCUUCCUCUCUUCACUCAAACCUCACUUUUCUUCUUCCUACUCCAAAACCCAAGCCAAUCAUCACCCAGUCAUCCACCGUCCAUCACAUUCCCGUACGAUGCGGUCCACGCAGCAACCGUGGACCACUUGUCAAAGGCAGAAUCCUAAGCACAGAAGCAAUCCAAGCCGUCCAAUCCUUAAAACGCGCCAACAAAACGAACCCACAAAGCCCCGCCUACCCCUCCCUCUCCCGCCUCCUUAAGGCAGACCUCCUCGCCGCCCUCCGUGAACUCCUCCGCCAGGGCGAGUGCGCUGUCGCCCUUCACGUCUUCUCCGCCGUCCGAGCGGAAUACCCGGAUCGGGACUUGGGUUUACUCGCGGAUAUGAUAAGCGCUCUGGGCAAGAAGGGAAUGCGGGACGAGAUUGACCGUCUGAUUGGGGAGUUGGAGGAGAUCGACGGUGGUGAUGAAAAGGGUCUUGUGAGAGUGAUUAAGGGUGUGAUUGGAGCUGGAUUGAAGGAAUCAACGGUGAGGAUUUAUGGGGUGAUGAAAAGAAGUGGGGUGGGGUCCAGUUGGAAAGUAGACGAAUAUGUGGGUAAGGUUUUGAGUAGAGGGUUGAGAGGAUUUGGGGAGCUUGAAUUGGCUAAUGAGGUUGAAAGGGAAUUUUGUUGGGAUUUUAGGGGUAAUUUGGAGAAUUCACUUGUGUAAAGAAAUAUGAUUUUAUAUACAGUAUAUUUUUUUUUCUCUUGUAUUU